GAUUAAAUUGUAUGCCGAAUGCCGAUUGAUUCUCACAUUUUUACUUCUCCAUAAUAAAUGACAAAAUCUUGUAGCCAUACUACUCGAGUAAUAUAUUUAAAAAAAAAAAGUAAAAUCAAUAAAAUAAUAUUCCUGUGUUGUCGACUGUCGGAGACCAACAGCGGUCAAUAAGAGUCGAAAGGGUAUAUAUUCGGCGUAAUAUCAUUGCGUGUAUUUAAAAUCAUAGGUUUAAAAGUGGUACAAGACAGUAAUUAUGGCAAAAGACUAUAUGGUUAAACAAAACCCGGAAUAUAUAUCCUACAUUAUUGGAUUAAGUUUAGCAAUUUCAUCUAGUGUCUUUAUUGGCUUAAGUUUUAUUAUCAAAAAGAAAGCAUUAAAAAGAAUAGUAGCGGAAGGAAAUUUGAGGGCUUCAUCUGGGGGUUAUUCAUAUUUGAAAGAAUGGCUGUGGUGGCUUGGGCUAUUAACAAUGGGAAUUGGAGAGGGAGCAAAUCUCCUAGCAUAUGCUUUUGUACCAGCUGCAUUGGUUACACCUCUUGGAGCAUUAAGCAUACUUGUAACUGCAGUAUUAUCAUCUAAAUUUCUUGGGGAAACACUUCAUUUUGUUGGAAAGGUUGGUUGUGUGCUCUGUGUUAUCGGUUCUAUUAUAUUAAUUGUACAUUCUCCUAAAAGUGAUAAUAUUAAAACAUUUUCUGACUUAGUAGUUAGACUGUGUGAUACUUUGUUUAUGUCAUAUGUAUUUUCUAUAAUCAUAUUAUUUAUAGUUGUAAAGUAUUGGUUAGUUCCAAAAUAUGGAAAAACUAACAUAACAGUAUAUCUUAUCAUUUGUUCUGCUAUAGGAAGCCUGUCUGUAGUGUUUUGUAAGGCUAUAUCUCUAGGUAUUAGAGAUGGAAUAAACAGUCAUGAAUCUGAUAUGUUUAUAUUUUGGUUAAUAUUUAUAGUAGCUAUUGCAGGCAUAAUUAUUCAGAUUAAUUAUUUAAAUAAAUCAUUAGAUAUUUUUAAUAGUAACAUUGUAACUCCUGUUUAUUAUGUCAUGUUUACAAGUUUAGUAAUAGUUGCAUCUGGCAUUUUAUUUGAAGAAUGGAUUUACAUGCAGAUUGGUGAUAUUAUUGGUUGUGCCAUUGGUUUUAUUAUACUAAUUUUUGCAGUUUUUACAUUAAAUUUAUAUAAAGCUACACACAAUAUACGAUAUAAAAAUAAUAUUACUUAAAUGUUGUCAAUAAUAUAGCAUACAGCUAUAUAUUGAAGGAUAUAUUAAUAUAUGUAAAACAAACUGGAUGGUAUACUUUAAAGCAAGUAAAUAUAAUAUAAUAACCUAUAUUUUUUUAUUCAAUGUUGACAUAUACUUAAGAUUCUAGAAUUUUUACCAAGGGAAAAAAAGAAAGAUAUACAAGAUAUUUUAUAAAAA